AUGACGGAAGAAGUAAUGAAACAUUCAGUGCACACUUUAGUAUUUAGAUCUUUGAAGAGAUCUCAUGAUAUGUUCCUUGCCAACCACGGCAUGUUGCCGCCUAUAGAUGAAAAAGCAGAAAAAAUUCUUAAAGGAGUUAAAGCACAUGAUAGUUAUGGGCAAGUGAUGGAUGCAGUGCAAAAGGCACAGACAGUUAAACAGCAGGACACAAGAAGCCAACCAGAAAUGCCACAGGACACAGAGAUUGCAGAAUCAGCAGCCCUAGGUUCUGAAGGUGCCCUCCUACCUUUUACCGGCCCAACACCCACAGCAGUCUCUGCAGCAGUUGUACCAAUGCCGCGCAAACCACCUGCAAUGCCUAAACCCAAGUGGCACGCCCCUUGGAAGUUGUUCAGAGUUAUAUCUGGGCAUUUGGGAUGGGUCAGAUGUGUGGCUGUUGAACCAGGAAAUGAAUGGUUUGCUACUGGUGCUGCUGACAGAGUGAUAAAAAUCUGGGACUUGUCUAGCGGGAAACUUAAAGUAUCCCUCACAGGCCACGUCAGUACGGUGAGAGGAUUGGAAGUAUCACCAAGGCAUCCAUAUCUGUUCAGUUGUGGAGAAGACAGACAGGUCAAAUGUUGGGAUUUAGAAUACAACAAGGUGAUCCGGCACUACCACGGCCACCUGUCGGCGGUGUACACGCUGGCGCUGCACCCCACCAUCGACGUGCUGGUGACGGCGGGGCGCGACGCCACGGCGCGCGUGUGGGACGUGCGCACCAAGGCCAACGUGCACACGCUCAGCGGACACACCGACACCAUCGCCUCGCUCGCCUGCCAGGCCGCCGAGCCGCAGAUUAUAACGGGGUCCCACGACUCGACCAUCCGUCUCUGGGACUUAGCAGCAGGCAAGUCGAUGUGCACCCUCACGAACCACAAGAAAUCGGUGCGGUCCAUAGUCACACACCCCACGCUAUACACUUUCGCGUCGGCUUCCCCCGACAACAUUAAACAGUGGAAAUGUCCAGAAGGAAAGUUCAUACAGAAUUUAUCUGGACACAAUGCGAUUGUGAACUGCAUGGCGGUUAACCCUGAAGGUGUGUUGGUGAGCGGGGGUGACAACGGCACCAUGUACUUCUGGGACUGGCGGACCGGGUAUAACUUCCAGAGGUUACAAGCCGCAGUUCAGCCAGGUUCCAUGGACUCUGAAGCUGGUAUCUUCUCGAUGACGUUCGACCAGUCAGGGUCCCGGCUCAUCACUACAGAAGCCGACAAAACCAUCAAGAUAUACCGCGAGGAUGAAACCGCUUCUGAAGAAACACACCCGAUCAACUGGCGGCCAGAGAUAUUGAAGAGGAGAAAGUUUUAG